GUACGGGCAUCAGUCGCGGCACACACGUCGCGCAGGCCGCAUCGCGUAGUCAGGCACAAGAUCGGCUCUUUUUCACUAUUUCGCGCGAUAUCAAAUUGCACGAGAGAGAGAGAGAGAGAGAGAGCAUAUCUCGCGUAGUCGAGACGCAUGGGCCUCGACGGGCCUUCGAAGCCGCGCGGCUUUUCGAUAACUCGCGAGUCGACGACGCAUUCAACGGCGACUCGUCGCACUCCCAUCCUGAUCGCUUGGCGCGCAGACCAACAAUGAGUUUGCGCUGGAUCUACGAGAACCUGGAGCCGCCGAACGUAGACGAGGAAUGCAGCGACAUCGACGACAGCUGCAGCGACGACAGCUACGAUUCGGACGCCAUGCCGAACGACAGUGCCAACAAUAAUUACAGCGAUGCGGAAAGAGCCAAACGCGAGACUCGACGUCAUCACGCUGCCGUUCCCAGCAUCGACCAACUCCGCAAUCGUCAAUUGAAAGCCGAGCAGCCCGAGGAAACAACGGAGCCACCGUGUGUUCCGUGCGAGGCAGAGCGAAGGCUUAACAAUCCAGUCCAUCAAUCGCUAAAAUUAAAGCUCUUCAGUCGAACUGCUCACUACAUUGGAGUCACACCGUCGGGACGGGUCAAGGGGUUUGCCGCUGAAAGUAGCGAUGAUGCCUAUGUACGGCUGAUCGUUUGUCCUGUAUCUAACGGAGUAGUGCGAUUGCAGAGUGCCGAAACUGGACAUUACUUGGCUUUCAACGCGACUGGACAUUUGUACGGCGAGAUGAGAAAGGACAAGGAUAAUACCGAAUGGGAGCAGUGGAAUAUCGGCAAUUACGACGCGUUUCGAUCGCACAAGUACGCGGCGGAUGGAUGGUGGCUAGCCAUCAAAAAGAACGGCAGGCAAAAACCUGGACCAAAAACCGCAUGGGGACAAAAAGCAAUACAAUUCAUUCAGAUUCACUUGGCAUAAUAAUUCACUUCCACGACGCUUCGCUAUGAAAGUUGCUUAAAUAUCGAUUUUAUUUAUCUUGUGAAUCGACAUUAUCAAUCGUUCGAACCAUUGUUAGUCGAAUGGAAUCCAGGCUAAACAGCAGCAAACCGACUAUUAGAUUACUGUUCAAACGAAAAAAAAGAUUUACCUGUGUUUUUUUCUUCUUGCUAUUCCAAUUGUUCAUAAUCCAAUUAUUUAAACGAAUUGUCAAAAAAUUCGCAAUUUCAAAAAAUCGAUUCUGUCAAUCGAUUCUACAGGAAAAAACAAGUCAACCACCUUUAUACCAUUUUGCGCCAGACUCUAUGUUGUUUGUAUAUUAUAAACUAUGACAUUUCGAGGAGAAAUGCUGAACGCCGUUCUACCUCAAGCCAAAGCAGCCUUGAAUGUUUAGUUUGUAGGUGCUACAAAUGUAAAAAAAAAAUGUGAAUAAAUGACUGCCGAAUGAACUACACAAAAGUAUUGCUCGUCAAGAUGUGAUUGUUUAUAAUGAUAAUGCACUAACAUAAUAGAGACUGACAAAUACAAUGGCAUAUACAUUAUCAACUUACCUCUUUCUUUGAUAAAUUUUUUGAUAAUUUCGUUUAAAAAUUCGUAUAAAUAAUCAGUAUCGUAAAAAGAAAAGACACCGGUAAUUUUUUUUGUAGCCUGAAUUCUGCUUGCCUAACAAUAAUUAUAAACUCCGAAAUUGUAUUAGACGCUGCAAUUUUUAACACUACAAUUUCUAUUGUGAUUUAGUACUAUAAGUUAAAUUUAUAAAUGUUGAGUAUUCUUUUAAAUU